GAUUAGUGUAAAGUACACAUUAAUAGAGAAGACCAAACAAGGUGACAAAAUAGCCAGGAAUAAUUACUCGUUCAAUGGCUCCAAUGAUUACACAGUCUGGGGCAAGUAUGACAUCUGAAAGGAUUGGCUUGAGCCAGAAUUUCUAUUGUUAAUUAAUACAUAAGUGUAAGAAUUCGCGUCUUUCUUCAACGAUUAUACCCGCAAAGCUUUUAAAGUCCAAAACAGUUUGACCUCAGCAGUGUUGACCGAUGAUUGAGGGAUUGAAUGGAUGCAUAGACACGCAGGUUUGUCUGGUAAAUCGAUACAUAAGGACGAUGUUAUUGGCUAUUAAAUUCUUACGAGCUUGAUGCAGACCGGUAGCCGAUCCAUUUGAAGAAGCUAGUCUUCUUUGAUAGUGAAUGAAAAAGGAUCGUAGUAUGUCUGAGAAGUCGAAUUUCACAAAACCGCUUUCGGCUGCCCUCGGCAAAGCAACUGGGGUCUUUACGCGACCAAAAUUACAAAGACGAGCGUUUACUGCUCAUGCUGCGUCUGAGCUCAUCUCUGCUGCAAGUUUAUCCAGCGUCUUGCUCGAUUUAAGAGAAAAUGGAACGAAAUCUCAAGACAAAAUACAAACAGAGCAAGAGAAACCUGAAGUUAUAGAUGACGCACCUAAUGUGUUAAUAUCGCAUCGCUUAAGCACGUGUCAUGGCAAUGGUACUGGGAUAGUUGAUUCUAAAACCAAAACCGAAGGAAAUGUUCACGAGCCGAGACGAAAUAGCGAUACAGCCGUCUCCAAUAAUCCGCAAUUGCAAAACAACAAGUUUAUAGCCAAGGAUAAAGACUUCACGUCGCUAAACUGCUUCAGAGUGAAAAACAUCAUAAGCGAGACUUUAAAGGCGCACGUUGGUAAUAUGGAAUACGACCAUCAAGAAUGUGGAGAAAAGAGCCGAGUAAUGAGCCAAAUAAUCGAGAAAAGAGUCAAAACUUUGAGUAACGCACAAUACAAGGUCACUGUAAUGGUAUUUAUAGGUGCUAUUCGCGACAAAGGCAUCGAAUUAGCAACACAGUGCGUAUGGUCGCCUGCAGAAGACUAUUUCGCGAUGGCAACUCAUAAAAAUGAGACAGUUUUUGCAUCUGCGAUCGUAUUUGCCACAAUAUUUGAGUGAAGGGAUACCACUUUACGCAAGUGAUCGUUCUUGAUGAAAGAUACUAAUUGCUUAAUAAGAUUUGGCGAUUGAAAUUCGAGUUAUGGUAUAACACACUUCUGUUCAGCUAAUCGUCCAUUGUCGGAUCAUGUUCGUCAAUAGUAUCUAUUACAUUCAAAUUCCUCUUGAAGAGCCUUGAAGCGGAGAUCUAUAAAUGAAAUUUAUUAGAAUAUUCUCUGCCACUAGCUUAAACCCAAUACUGAAACAGUAUCUAUGAUUCAUCCUCUUGUGUUAGAUGCCUGAGAGCGCUCUGAAACUGUAAUUAAGUACGUCCUGUACAGGAUUUUAAAGUCUGUUUUCAUACGAAUUAUUCCAAAGUUGACUUUGUAAAUACUAAGUGAAACUACACGUAUUUGGUUUAAUAUUAAUUUGCUAGCAUAGUCAAGUUAUAUUUUAAUUGGUAACACCCAGGAUUUCAAUUAUCUACUUAAAAGAAGAAUGAUAAUAUUAUUUUAUCCCACUCAUAGACAACACGGCGGUGUUUUUGAUGGAGCUAUUUUUGUAUGAACUGAUGGAGUGCUUAACCCCGGUUUCUUUGGUUGGCCGAAAGGGCUUCCCUCUACCUCCCCCGAAGGCUAAAAAACAGACCUGCCUCUCUCAUCCUCUUGAUUCCCCGUAUUAUGAAGUACUGUGAUUGGAUCAUACGCAUGUGUGAUCGAUUGGUUCCCUGUAUAGUGAUUAUUGAGAUUGGAUAAUGUACACCUCCUCAUUGGUUCUCUAUAUAGUGAAUAGUCCCUUUCACAGUUCCCUGCGCCAUCUUGAAAAGUAGCCGUGCCUUUGCAUCGAAGCGAAACGAACAAUGAGCUUGCAACGAUAGAGACCUUUUUUUUAACACCUUGGACAAUUAUUCGCAUGUCUCUAUCAUUGCAAGCUCACCGUUCGUCUCGCUUCGAUGCCUUUCAAGAUGGAACUGUGAAGGGGACUAUUACAAUACUUUGAUUGGAUCAUGCACAUCUUCGUUUGUGAUUGGUUCUUUGUAUAGUAAAUCAUUGUGAUUGGAUGUUAUACAUCUCAUUUCGUUUUGUGCUGGAUCUUCGUAUAUGCGCAUUAUAUACUUUAUAGUUGGAAAUUGGGAAUAUUUAGACACUGAUAUGAGACUAACCCUGAAUAAAUGGGUCUGUAAUUAAGCAACAUCUUGGUAUGGUAUGAAAUAGAAAAAUGAUCUAUUUGUGCAAGAUCAGCCCGUGAGCCCGACCACUUAUUAAGUCGAGCGGGGGAAAACAAUAAAAAACACACAAAACAAUGUGAUUCGAUAGGAUUCACGAUCCCACAUAGUAGGCCAAGAGAGAAAUGCUCCCGCCAUCUAUUGAUCUCCAUGAUACCUAAUUAACAAGUUACCUGUAGUGAAAGAAACCUAUUAAAAAUACAAGAUUACUCCUG